AGUAAAAAUGGCAUAGAGCUUGAAGCUAUUCCAAAGAAAUGAUGAGGUGAAAGCUAAACAGUGUUUUACUUACAAAUAUGGUAUGAAAGGAAAGACGCCCAAAGCUGUUCCCCUGUGACUUCAGUAGCAUUUGGUUGUUUUCUUUGUUCACUCAUCUGUUAUAUACAUGAUCUUCAAUUUAUGGAUUGCAGACUAAAAAUUAUAAACCGUUACAAAUUUAAAGAGUCUGUCGAGCUGUGUGCAUCACUAAAAAUAGAAUAAAUAAAAUACUACAGUACAUUUUAAAUAUUGAUGGUAAAAAAAAAAAAAGUGUUCUGCCUGUUUACACAAAAAACAACUUCCAACACCUUGUAAACGAGAUGUUUUGUCUAUGUUUUCAGAUCAACAACCCAGACAUGCGGGUGCAGAUCCUGAAGGACUUUAUUUCAUAACAAUACAGUUAUCAAUCAUAGUGCAUUUCAAUACAUUCACUGCUAUUUUCUAAGCCACCUGCAUACAUUGAUAAACCAUAAACACAUGUUCACUAAACUAACAACUCUGCAGAGAAAGGCCACUUAAUAUCAUGUUAUAAUGAAAACAUGACCUGUGGCCUCCCCCUCACUUUAAAAACAGCUAAGACACUUGGUUGUAAUGAUCACAUUAUUAAUUGUAUUACACUCAACAUUAAAUUAUAUAUUAUAUGUGCAUAAGCUUGUUAAGUGUUUUAAUUACAGUUCACUUUUUUUUUUUUUACAUUCUUCCAUAGCAAAACAAACACUUUUACUUUGAAAUUCUGUGAAAUGUGUUUUAAAUUUUAAAUCCCCCCGACCCCUCCAGGUCAUUUGAGUUUGACACCCCUGUUAUAGGAAAUUUGUUUUCACAGUCUUGCAUGUAUAUUGCCUCACACCAGCUUUUAACAGAAAAAAAUGCUUGAGGUGACACACAAGUGUCAGUCAAAAGUGUUGGACACACCUGUAUUGUUUUCUACUUUGUGGCAAAUGCUACAGACAUCAAAACACACAUGGAAUCAUGUAAUACACAAAAAAAGUGUUAAACAAACCAGAAUAUGUUUUAGAUUUUUUGUGUUUCUGUGUUUUUGGCAAAACUGCUUCUGUGUGUGUUAGAGUUUAUGAAGGACAGUCUUAUCUCAUCAGUUGUGUCAAACAGAGUUGUGUACAGUAAAUAACACUAGUUGACUACUGUGUUAAUCAUGGCAAGAACUAAUCAACUUCACAUGAUAUCAUGGUUCUUGUGGGAAAUGUUAUAGGAGAGAAAAUCCUUAUCAUGAGUCCACUGAUAUCUAGGGGCAGGGAUCACAAUCUGGCAACCCAAAGGAACUGAUCAACUAUGUUAAUAUUAAUAUCUGUAAAUAAUAAAUCAUCAUUACUGGCAUUGGCAAUUUAUUUCAUCCGUGUUACCGUGACAGUCUGACCAGUUGUAGUUAUUACACAGCUGAUAACAGGCACUCAGUGUAACUGAUGACUAACUGAUAACUCUGAUUUGUGCAAUAACCAACUAGCACGUAGAUAAAUCCCUACACGCAUGCGCUAUAACGACGCAUCCCUUUAACUAAGUUACAUUUAGUGAAUGUUGGGUUAUUGUGUUGUUAACUAUUGAAAUAACACCUUAGACUCCUUGUUAUCUGCGUCAGACCUGUGAACCUCAGAGCCUCCCACUGACACGCGGAAACACACGGAAGUGAGAGCUCCAGUUUUUCCGCUCACUCGGGACUGAAAACGCGUCGCAUGCAUGUCAGUGUUUGACUGUCUGUUCACGUGUGUGUUGUAUGCUUAUGAGUUCUUCCCGCAGAUAACUCAGAGCUUUCGUUUGCCUCUGAGACCAGCGUCCAACUCCCCCUGCGUCAUGGCAGCGGCAGCGGAGGAGACGGAGGAGUGCGGCCGGAGAGGCGGCGGCGGAGCAGCGGCACAGGCAGUAACAGGUGAUGGAGACUCGGAGGAGGCCGAGGAGUUCACCUGCUCGGCCUACUGCUCAGAGCUCUCCCGGCGGCAGAACGAGCAGAGGAAGACGGGGUUGUUCUGCGACGUGACGCUGGCGUUUUGCUCCGGAGGAGCUUCCAGCGCGGAGAGGGUCCAGACCCUGUCCGCACACCGCACGGUUUUAUCCGCGGCGUCUCACUAUUUCACGCUGCUGCUGGGCGGACACUUUUCCGAGUCUCAGUCUGCGCGCGUGGAGCUGAAAGCGUGGACAUGUGAGGACGGACUGGACCCAGAGACUGUGAGGAGUGUCGUUCAGUUCAUGUACACGGGAGAAAUCACAGUCACCACUGCUAAUGUGCACCAAGUGCUGGAACUUGCUGACAGGUUCCUCCUGGUGCAGCUGAAGACCUUCUGUGGAGACUUUCUAAUGAAGAAGCUGAACUUGUCCAACUGUGUAGCCGUGCACAGCCUUGCUCACAUGUACACCCUGGACCAGCUGGCCCUGGGAGCCGCCAAAACGAUUAGGAUGAACUUCCACAAAGUUAUCCACAAUGACGAAUUUUACACACUGCCAUUUCACCUGCUGCGAGACUGGCUGUCGGACUCAGAAAUCACAGUGGAUUCUGAACAGGAGUUGUUCGAGGCCAUCGUAGGAUGGGUGCACCAAAACACAGAGGAACGAGAGAAGCACUUUGAAGAGCUCUUUAGGCUUUUAAGGCUCUCCCAGAUAGCUCCUACUGUCCUGACAUGGGUGGUGAGAAAGGAGCCUUUAGUGGAAAAUAAUGCCUCUUGUCAGAAGCUGGUGUCUGACACCCUUGAGGCUCACGCUCUUCACUUGGAGGGCCUCAAGUCAGCGGAUUUGGAGCUCUGUGCUUCCUACAUGGCGGCGAACCAGCCACGUUUUGGCCAGAUCAUGGAUGUAAUCAUGGUAGUGGGUGGUGUUUCAGAAGGUGGAGAGUACGUGAGUGAGUGUGUCGGCUACUUUGUUGCUGAGGACCGUUGGGUCAACCUGCCACACAUUCACAACCACCUUGAUGGACACGCCAUCGCGGUCACGGACAACCAUGUUUAUGUGGCAGGCUCCAUGGAGCCAGGCUUUGCCAAGAUCAUGGAGCGCUACAACCCAAACCUCAACAGCUGGGAGCAGGUCUGCAGCCUCAGCUCUCGCAAGCACUCCUUCGGCUUCACAUGUGUCAAAGACGUAUUGUACAGCAUUGGUGGUCAUGGAAACUUCAGUCCGGGCUUUAGAGAUAUUACAGUUUAUGAGCCUGAGCUGGACAAGUGGCACAGUCUUGAGCCAGCGCCAAAGAUACUUCGAGAUGUAAAAACAGUAAGUGUGGAGGAUCGCUACGUGUAUGUAAUGGCCAGGACCCCUGUGGACAUGGACCACGAGGAUGGACUGAGCACCGUGACCACUUGCUAUGAUACAGAAAGUCUCAAGUGGCAGGAAGUGGACUCCUUGCCGCUCAUCGACAACUACUGUAUUUUUCAAAUGGCUGUCGCCUCUACUAACUUCUACCACACCGCUUCCUGUUGCCCCAAGAACUACAAGGUAACAGAACAGGCCGCUCAGCAGAAAACAAGCAGGAACAUUUCCGAUGAUAUCCUCGACAGCCUCCCUCCAGAGGUGCUUGGUAUGGAAGGUGCUGCCAUUUGCUACCUGGAUGAAGACGUGUUUAUCAUUGGCGGCUGGAGGAACAGCAACAACAUGGACAAGCAGUACCGCAAGGAGGUCUACCGUUACUGUGCUAAGAAGAAGCGCUGGAUGCUGCUGCCACCGUUACCUCAGCCUCGCUGUCGAGCAGCAGCCUGCCACAUUCGCAUCCCGUACCAGUAUCUGCGCGGCUGCCAGCACUACCCCAUGCCCCUGAACCUGGCUCGUCAGCGGGACCGGAUGCAGCAGAUGCAGCAGCUCCAUCGACGCACCCUUACUCUGCGGAGACAGCUACAGUCUCAGAUCGAAUGUUGAAUCGGAUGCUGUGCUUGGUCUGUGUGGUCUUGCCUUGUCUAGCACUUCAUCCGCUGUUAGAUGUGUUGUAAUUUUACCCACAUAAUUAUUCGUGUCGUGCUGUUUGCAUUUACUGGGGUGAGGCCUUCACGUUCCUGUCGGGGAUGUUUCAACAGGUUAGGCAAAGAGGGCAGUUACUCCGGGGCUGAGCGGUGCCUCCCAAGGAUGUUAGCAUCAUAAUUUCAGAGCAGAGCAGAAUGAACCACAAAAUGUCAUUAUGCUUCAGGGAGUCCAAACAAACACAAAAGAAAACAGUGAAGGCAAGAGGAGGAGGAGGAGGACGUGGAGAAAAACUGCUGUGCCAAAUAUUUAAUUUGCUGCUGCUGCAGAAAAAUGUGUUGGAUAUCAAGUUAAGGCAAACAACAGCAGGUGUGUCUGUUGGCAGGUACAUCUUAAAUGCUGUUUAUUUCAGUUUAGUAUCUUGACUUUUUUUGUUGAAGUCCCUUGAAAUACCCAAGCUUGUUGGUUUACCAGGGUCUGAACCAUAACAUUAUAUUGAAAAAAUGGACACAGCCUUGCUGUUUGUAGAUGUGGAUGUUUGUAGACAAAUCACAAAGUAAGAAUAUAAUAAAUAACCACUAGUGGGCGACUCUGUUGACUGCAAAAAGAACUAUGUUCGAAUGGAAGUUCACGGAGAUAUGAGCCUAAUUCUCACAUGAUUUACACUAUCACUAAACAUUUCCCUGACAAGUUAAUGGUCUCAAUCAGUAGUUUCAGGUGUUCUUCAAGCCUUGGUGUCAGUAUAGUUAAUCAUGUUCUCAUUUCAUGGGCAAGGACGCAUAUCAUGAGGCUACAAAGCGGGAGGUCAGUUUCUUAUGGAUUCGUAUUACCACUUACCACUGUUCAAAAAUGGCUAACUAAGUUUUUAGUUUAAAAUUAUCCUUAUCAUUUAGAUCUCCAUAUUGCAGCAUGAUUUUACCCAUUUUUACUUCACAUCUUUAGUUUUAAAUCUGUGGUUGAUUGUGUCAAGAUUCUCUGACAUAGCUAAAAAAAAAUGUAUUGAGAAAAGCACACACAUACUGUAGACCAGUAUAUUUUGUGAUAUGUCACAUCCUAAGUCACUUUUAAACCUGCAUUUUACAUUCAUUUUUGCACUAAAAAUAGAUUGCAACAAUUCCACUGAAUGUGGUUCAAUUGAGUAUGAAUUUCUUCAAUACUUCUACAAAACAUUUUUGAUUUCCCAGGUCAUUGCAUGAUGUUUUAGUAUAUAGACUAAACAGAAACAAAUAUGUACAGAAGUAAUUUUUCCUGUUGGCUUAUGAAUUUAAUUGCCGAUAUUCUGUUAAAUGUCAAAACAGCAACCAAAGACAGUGGCUUUGUUGAGUUUUUUUGUUAGAUUAAUAUUGUUGUGUUUGUUCUGUAUCUUCCUUUGACUAAGGGACAAAGAGUGCAUGUUCGCACGUGGAUAAUGAACUGAGGAAUAACUAUGCAAGGUGUUUACUAUGUUAAACCAGGAGGUUGUCAUUGUUGCCAGCUGUAACUUGCAGUCAAUUUGAUUGCAUUUCCUGCACCAAAGGAACCUGGAUAUUAACUUCCAGUGAUUGUUUUGUAAUCCACUUUGUUGCAUAGUGUUGUGUGGACUGCAGUGUUACACUGUUACUGCUGAAAUUGCUAGUGCCUGUGGCAAUGCCAGCCAAAUUUACUAUAACUACGAUCUAAUUUUGUGAUGUUAGUGAGCCUAACAUAUUGUGCAUUAUGUGACAAUGUACCAUUGUAUGUAUGGAGGUUUUUCAAUAACAUGAGCACAGACAUAUGCAGAUAUUGGCAGUUAUAUCACAUGUGUGGCUCAGAUUCAAAUUCAUAUUUUUUUAUUUGACAUGACAAUACAUUAGAUUCCAUGUGGCCAAAUAUACUGUACAUACUGUUUGACAUGUCAUGCAUUUAUAUGUAAGAGCUGCAAGUGUGAAGACACUGCAAUAAAAACAAUGAAAUACA